GAAUCGCCACUUAAAAUUCCUCUGUAAGAAUCGUGAGGAUCAAACAGUCCGUAGCAAUCUCCAAUUUCGUAACUUUAGAUACUCAGAAAAGUCUUAAAAGAUGGCGAGGCUGUCUUGGCAAGCCGUGGCGGUUGUGGGGGUGCUGUUGGUAGUAGUCCUGUCGUUUGCAGAUGGGUACCCAGAAGCAGAUUUUGUUGUGAAGCUGCCAGGGCAACCAACGGUAACGUUCAGACAAUACGCCGGGUAUGUUGAUAUCGACAAGGUUGUUGGGCGGAGUCUUUUUUACUACUUCGUGGAGGCUGAGAAACGUCCCGACACAAAACCGUUAACAUUGUGGCUCAAUGGAGGUCCAGGUUGUUCUUCUGUUGGUGGAGGAGCUUUCACUGAGCUAGGUCCAUUUUACCCCACAGGCGAUGGUCGUGGCCUCCGCAUUAACUCCAUGUCUUGGAACAAAGCAUCGAACCUGCUAUUUGUGGACUCACCGGCUGGAGUUGGAUGGUCUUACUCCAACCGAAGCUCUGAUUACAACGCCGGGGACCAGUUUGCUGCCAGUGAUAUGCUUGUGUUCUUGUUGAGAUGGUUCGAUAAGUUCCCGGAGUUGAAGUCUCGCGACCUCUUUCUCACUGGCGAAAGCUAUGCUGGACAUUACAUACCUCAACUCGCUGAUGCGAUUCUCAGCUACAAUUCACGCUCGAGCGGGUUCAAAUUCAACAUCAAAGGCAUUGCGAUUGGGAAUCCACUUCUUAAGCUUGACAGGGACAUUCCAGCUGUAUACGAGUUCUUCUGGUCGCAUGGCAUGAUCUCUGAUACAGUGGGACGCACAAUCAGGAGUCAAUGUGACUUCUCACAUUACACAUAUGCGUUCCCACAUAACGUAAGCGAUGCUUGCAACGACGCUACCACUGAAGCGGGAAUCGUCAUCACUGAAUAUGUCAACAACUUUGAUGUUCUCCUUGACAUUUGCUACCCGUCAAUUGUCCUGAAAGAACUAAGGCUUAAGCAAAUGGCCACAAAGAUGAGCAUGGGAGUGGAUGUCUGUUUGACCUACGAAAGACAGUUCUUUUUCAAUCUCCCAGAGGUACAGAUGGCGCUUCACGCGAACCGCACUCAUCUGCCUUAUGAAUGGUCUUUGUGCAGCAACCUGUUAAACUACUCUGGCAUCGAUAUAAACACCAACAUGCUUCCGACUCUGAAGAGAAUUAUACAGAACAAAAUUCCUGUUUGGAUCUUCAGUGGAGAUCAAGAUUCUGUAGUUCCAUUUCUUGGAACAAGAACUGUCGUACAAGAACUCGCCGACGAUCUCUGUGGAGAUCAAGAUUCUGUAGUUCCAUUUCUGGGAUCACGAGCUGUCGUUGGAGGUUGGGCCAUCGAGUAUGGAAACAUACUCACUUUUGCAACAGUGAGAGGAGCGGCUCAUGCGGUGGCGAACACGCAGCCCGCACGAGCUCUGCAUCUAUUCAGCACCUUCCUUCGUGGCCAUAGAUUGCCCAACAAGACAGAUAUAGCUAUGCAUGACUGAAAGAGGAGGAAGCUCAUUAUUAGUUGCAGCAGCAAGUAUAGAAGAUUAGCUUAAUGCUCCUUGUAUUUCCUCCCUGCUUGUAAAUGUGCCAU